GGUUCCCUCCUCAUCAACCCACCUUCGUCCCCACUCUCUCAGCGCAUACUCUUCGACUUCAGCCGCAAUGGACAAGUCCCUCGACGAGAUCAUCUCCACCCGCCCCAAGGCCAUCCGUCGCACCGCUGUCCGCAAAACUGCACGUCAACAGCUGCUCGGUUCCGCUGGCACACCCCCUGCCGCUCGCGCCCGCAUUGUCCCUCACGCAGCCGCUGCCAACGGCACGAAGCCUGUUAGCAUCGCCACCCAGCCUGCGGACAAAAUUAUCGUCUCCAACCUUCCACAAGACGUGAACGAGGUUCAAAUUAAGGAACUCUUCCAGACUACCGUCGGCCCCCUGCGCGAGGUCACUCUUCACUAUGACAGCGCCGGCCGUUCCAAAGGCGUUGCCUCCGUACAUUUCUCGAGAAAGGGAGACGGCAGCAAGGCAUACCAGCAAUACAACAAUCGCCUCAUCGAUGGAAAACGCCCGAUGAAGAUCGAGGUCGUCGUCGACCCAUCCAAACUUCCUCCUGCUCCGUCUCUCGCAUCCCGUGUGGCCCCACCACCUGCGGCUGCGGCUGCGCCUGUCGCUGCCUCUGCCCCCGCUAGGCGCGGUGUCGUUGGUAGGGGUGGCGCACGAGGCGGAGCUCGUCGUGGAGGUCGUAGGAACGAACGACCUCCGAAAAGCGUUGCUGAUCUCGAUGCUGAGAUGGAGGACUACACCGCCAGCAAUGGCACUACGGCCCCCGCUGUGACAGCGGCUUGAAGUGUUUCUCUGCGGACUCUGCUAUUUCGGGUUAUGUAAAUUUGUAUUAUUCUAGUCUUGCACACCAUUCUUCCUUGCCUCGUUUCUGCUACUGCUCGUCGAUACAGUUUUCCUAUGUUGGUACUCUCCUCAUGAUCAAUCAUAUACUGCGCUCGAGGCUGGUGUGGUCAUUUGCCAAAAUCUUUGCCAAAAUACCAGGUUUCUAUUUAUUACAUACACUGAGAUUUUGGUAUGUGCAACAAGCAAUCAUUUAGAAGAU